GCGAGAAAGGGGCGCAGCUUCCGUCUGAAACGAGCUCCAGUUCCUCCCUCCACCACUUCUCACGAGAACUCCACCGGGAGCGCCUGAAAUACCCAAAUCCAGAGUAAUGAUCACUGCAGCAGAGUAUGGGGAGACGUCAUGGGAGUUGCAGGUACACGUGGACCAAAAAGACGGCGAUGAGUCAAUGCGCUUCAAGCUGCGCGUGAAGGGCGACCUGCACAUCGGCGGUCUCAUGCUGAAGCUGGUGGAGAAGAUCAAGGCUCCCCAGGAUUGGUCGGAUCAUGCCCUGUGGUGGGAGCAACGGAACUGCUGGCUGCUCAAGACCCACUGGACCUUGGACAAGUAUGGAAUUCAGGCUGAUGCAGACCUGCGCUACACGCCCCAACACAAAAGCAUACUCUUGCAGCUCCCCAAUAUGAAAACCAUUCAAAUGACCGUCGGCUUCUCCUGCGUGGUCUUCAAGGCCGUGGCAGAGAUCUGUCAAAUCCUCAACAUCCGGCGGUCUGAGGAACUGUCCUUGCUCCAGCCUCCGGAUGAUCCAUCCAAGAAGAAGAAAAAAAGAGGGAAAAACUCUCCGCUGGAGGAUAUCUGGGACAUUGAUUUAGUCAGCGGUGGGCCAGGGGGCUCAGGUCCAAUGUACAGCAAGACCAUGACGGCCACCUACGACCCAGAGAACGGGAUGCCGGUGUCGGCCACCAGCCUGUGGUUUGGGGAGAACCCCCUCGCCGACUGCCAGCCCAACUUGCCACCUGACGAGCUGGCCAAGCUCUACCAGCCUUUAUCCCUGGAGGACAAAGCCAUCAGAAACGCCGGGUGGCUGGACUCUUCGCGCUCCCUAAUGGAGCAGGACGUUCAAGACAACGACAAGCUGCUGCUGCGUUUCAAGUACAAUGUCUUCUUUGACCUCAAUCCCAAAUACGACGCCGUGAGGAUAACGCAGCUCUAUGAGCAGGCUCGCUGGUCCAUCCUGCUCGAGGAUAUCGACUGCACCGAGGAGGAGAUGCUCAUGUUUGCGUCGCUACAGUAUCACAUCUGUAAACUGACCCUAUCCACUGAUCCAGUGGACCACUCCAACGAGCAGGAAAUUGAUGAAGUGGAAGCCGCCCUCUCCAACCUAGAGGUGACGCUGGAAGGUGGCGUCUCAGACAGAAUUCUGGAAGACAUUACAGACAUUCCAGAGCUGGCAGAUUACCUGCGCCUUUUCAGACCAAAAAGACUAACACUGCGGCCUUACAAAGAGUACUGGUUUGUAUUUAAGGACACCACCAUCUCCUACUACAAGAACAAGGAAGCUGCCGUGGGAGAACCCAUAGAGCAGUUUCACUUACGAGGCUGCGAGAUCGUCCCUGACGUCAACGUCACAGACAAGAAGUUCGGCAUCAAGCUCCUUUUGCCGGUGGCGGAUGGGAUGAAUGAGGUGUACAUCCGAUGUGAUAACGAGACGCAGUACGCCAAGUGGAAGGCGGCAUGCAUCCUGGCCUCCAAAGGCAAGACCAUGGCAUACAGCUCGUAUAAGUCAGAGGUGCGGAGCAUCCAGUCCUUCUUGCAGAUGAAGAGCCUGGCGCCCCCUCCGGGCCAAGCGGCGCCCGACUUGGAUGCCAUGGACAUGAACGCCGAAUGUUUCGUUUCGCCGCGCUACGCCAAGAAGCACAAGACGAAGCAGCUCACAGCACGUAUCCUGGAGGCCCAUCAGAACAUAGCGCGCCUGUCCCUCAUGGAUGCCAAGAUGCGCUUCAUCCAGGCUUGGCAGUCUCUCCCAGAGUUUGGCAUCAACUACUACAUUGUCAGGUUCAGGGGCUGCAAGAAGGACGAAAUCCUCGGCAUCUCGUACAAUCGCCUGAUUCGUCUCGACAUGUCCACCUGCCUGCCCGUCACCACGUGGAGGUUCGCCAACAUGAAGCAGUGGAACGUCAAUUGGGAAAUAAGACAAGUGACCAUUGAGUUCGACCAGAACGUGACCAUAGCUUUCUGCUGCCUGAGCUGCGAUUGUAAGGUGGUGCACGAGUUCAUCGGCGGCUACAUCUUCCUUUCAACGCGAUCCAAGGACCAGAAUGAGACCCUAGAUGAAGAACUGUUCCACAAACUGACCGGAGGUCAAGAUUGAGAAAAGACAAUGCUGUAAUUUAGUAAGGGGCCAGCGAACAACACAGUGAUACUCUUAUUGAUGAAACACAGUAAAUCCCUGCCAAGGAUAAAUACUAUUGUUUUGUAAUCCACAAAAGAGCUCAACAGAGCAAUAAUGUCAUGAAUUGUCUAGUUAUUAUUUAUCUUUUUCACUUUUUUCAGCAUUUUGAUCUGCAGUCAAGCCAAGGCCUAGUGUUUGUGUAAAUAAUUUUGGUCUCAAACUUUGUAUGAAUUGACCCUUGUAAGAAUAAAUCCCUUUUUAUGAUUUUA